GCCUCCUGGUGAGGACAUAUGGGAAGAAAAGAAACAAGACAAGCACAACAAGAAGUUUGUUAAUUUGUUUGUGUCAGGCCAAGCAAUACUAGUUGAAAAUAGAGAAUUAUCAAGUUCCACGUCCACAUUCCAUAGUUAGCAGAGCAACCCAGAGAAUAGAAUCAUGUAUCACCAUCACCAACACCAAGGAAAGAACAUCCAUUCUUCUUCUUCCAGAAUGCCAAUCUCAGCUGAGAGGCACAUGUUCCUUCAAACUGGAAAUGGCUCUGGUGAUUCUGGACUUGUCCUCUCCACUGAUGCUAAACCCAGAUUGAAAUGGACAGCAGAUCUACAUGCCAGGUUUAUAGAAGCGGUCAAUCAGCUAGGCGGAGCUGACAAGGCUACUCCUAAGACAGUAAUGAAGCUCAUGGGGAUUCCAGGGCUCACUUUGUAUCAUCUAAAGAGCCAUCUUCAGAAGUAUAGAUUGAGCAAGAAUCUGCAUGGACAAAGUAACAACGUGACACACAAAAUCACAAUUAAUGCAGGUGCAGCAACGGGGGAAAGACUUCCUGAAACAGGUGGAACUCAUAUGAAUAAUCUAAACCUCUCGCCACAGGCUAACAAAGAUUUACACAUAAGCGAGGCCCUGCAGAUGCAGAUUGAGGUGCAGAGAAGGCUAAAUGAACAACUUGAGGUACAGAGACACUUGCAGCUUCGCAUAGAGGCCCAAGGGAAAUACCUGCAGGCUGUGCUUGAGAAAGCUCAAGAAACACUUGGUAGACAGAAUUUAGGGAUGGUGGGACUUGAAACAGCAAAAGUUCAACUCUCAGAGCUUGUAUCCAAAGUAUCUUCUCAGUGCUUGAGUUCUGCUUUUUCAGAACUGAAGGAGCUACAAGGAUUCUACCCACAGCAAACACAAAACAACCAGCCAACCGACUGCUCAAUGGACAGCUGCCUCACAUCCUGCGAUGGAUCUCAAAAGGAACAAGAAAUACAAAAUCCAGGGAUGGGUUUAAGAUCCUUCAAUGGCCAUACGUUCAUGGAAAGAAAGGAAGCCAUGGAAGCACCCAUCUUGAGGAACUCCGAGCUCAAGUGGCGUGAUGAAGUGAAAAAGAACAGCACAUUUCUGAGCAACCCAUUGGGCAAAACUGCCGAAAGAAGGGGUUAUGCUGCAGAAAGAAGUCCCAGUGACUUAUCUAUGAGCAUCGGACUUGAAAGAGAAAGUGAGAAUAAUGGAAGCAGCAUGUUUCCUGAGAGAUUAAUGAUGGGGAGAGAAUCAGAUGGUGAAUUCCCACACCGAAACACAAGUAAGCCAGAAUCGACAAAACCACUGCAAGAGAAGGUCCCUCAGGAGUAUAGAUUGCCUUACUUUGCAGCAUCAAGACUCGACCUGAACACCCGUGAAGAAAACGAUGCUGCGAUGAGCUGCAAACAACUGGAUUUGAAUGGAUUCAGCUGGAGCUGAAGAAACAUUGUGAAUGAAAUGCGGAAAUGGCAGGAUUAUUCAUGUAUUGAUUAUUAUUACAGUAUGAGAUGCCUGCUCUUUGGUGUCAGCUCAAGUGUUGAAAUAUGAGCUAUUUUUAGCAGAGUCAAAAUAAGUUGCUACAACCAAGAGUAAUAUCGAUCAAUUUGAAACCAGACGUUAAAAAUGGAGAUACCAACCAAGAAAUGAAGUUUCAUUCCUGUAAGGUUAUUCAAAAAUGUUCAUUAUACAAUCAAGCAUGGCAUUUAACAAA